AUGGCCUCAACCUGUAUACAACAGGAACAGUCGCACGAUACAAACAUCACUCUUGAGGCUCUUCCUCGAGAGACUCCAGGCGCAGAAUCUUUUGCUGGUGACUCACAUAGCUUCCUAGCACUGGAAAAGUGGAAUCAUCCUCGUAUAAAUGUCUAUCGCUCUUUCUCAACCUUUUGGAGUUUCCUGGUUAUGGGGGCGAAUGAUGCGGCGUAUGGUCUCGAAACGUACUACAAUCUGUCAUAUACGAUCGUAUCACUUGUAUUCCUAUCACCUCUGGUUGGAUAUACCCUUGCAGCCUUUCUGAAUCACCGAAUUCACACCAGCUUAGGUCAGCGUGGCGUGGCCUUUAUAGGACCUUGUUGCCAUCUGAUCGCCUACGUCGUGAAUUGCACACAUCCACCGUACCCUGUACUCGUGGUCGCAUUCAUUUUCGCUGGCUUUGGAAAUGGUCUCGAAGAUGCCGCAUGGAAUGCCUGGAUAGGUAACAUGGCUAAUGCCAACGAGUUGCUCGGGCUUUUGCAUGGUGUAUAUGGUGCUGGUGCGGUCCUGAGUCCAUUGAUCGCCACUUCCAUGAUCACCAGAGCGAACCUACCCUGGUACAAUUUCUAUUAUGUCAUGGUUGGAUGCGCUGUCGUCGAGCUUGUGGUGUGUGGUACUUUCUUCUGGGAGUCUACGGGCGCAGUAUUCCGUGCAGCCAACUCCCACUCAGUCGGAGAUAAUAACAAAGGCAGCCUUAAAAACGCCCUAUUCAAGCGCCCAUCGGCCCGUGUCACCUGGUUAUGUGCUCUGUUUCUGCUGGGUUAUGUUGGAGUGGAGGUUGCACUGGGUGGUUGGAUUGUCACCUAUAUGAUCCGGGUUCGACACGGGGCUCUAUUCGCUAGUGGCAUGACGGCCACCGGUUUCUGGCUGGGUAUAACUGUCGGUCGAGUCACUUUGGGAUUCGUCACCCCACGAGUGGGCGAGAAGAUAGCGAUCGCAGCUUAUAUUGUGCUGUCCAUGGCGUUCGGUCUAGUACUGUGGCUGGUGCCUCAAUUCUACGCGUCUGCCGUGGCCGUCUCCCUGCAGGGUUUCUUCCUGGGCCCUCUGUUCCCAGGCGCAGUCGUGAUGAUUACGAAGCUUCUUCCGCGACACCUCCACGUCAGUUCGAUCGGUUUCACUGCCGCAUUUGGAGGCAGCGGAGCAGCCAUUCUACCCUUUGCCGUAGGAGCGUUGGCACAAGCCAAAGGAGUCAGCGUGUUGCAGCCGUUCAUUAUUGCUCUAUCAGGAGCCAUCUUCCUCGCGUGGCUGGGAUUACCGCGGGUGUCGAAACUCGUGCCUUUCACAAGCGUCCGCGUCAAGGAUCUAACAUGUGAAGAUCGGGAUCGAUCUUCUUAUCUGAUCCGAGUUGCAUUUAAACUCCCGAACUGCGCCUCCGAUGACCCUACAUCUCUCGUCGCAUGUCCUCCGAUUCACAUGCUGUAA